AUGAGAGUUGCAUUGCUGAACAAUCCAUCUGUUGACGAUUUCUCCAAGCAGUUGUUGACUAUCAGUAAUGGCCGUGUUCCUGUCGACGAAUCGAACGGAUUGAUUUCAUUUCCUCGGAAUUUUUUCAAUUUCGUUUCAUCGAAAGUUCAUCAUGAGUUCAUCAACAAAGUGUUCUCGAACAUCAUUGAUAACCACAAAAAUCAAAAAUGGUUGAGUAAGCGAGCAAUUUUGGCGGCUAAGAACAAAGAUGUGGAUGACUUAAACUUCGUAAUUCAGAAUCAAAUCGUUGGUAUUUUGCAUUCAUUCAAAUAUAUUGACUCUGCAACAAGCGAAGAGGAAGUCACCAACUAUCCAUCUGAAUUUUUAAAUUCCUUGGAUGUGCCUGGCUUACCACCCCAAAAUUUACAGUUAGAGGUUGACUCCGUGAUCAUGAUGCUUCGAAACUUAAACCAAUCGAAACUAUGCAAUGGAACAUGUUUGAGGACAAAAAAAAAAAAAACCGAUGAUUCAAUGUGA